AUGGGAUCAGGGGAAUGGUGCCUUCAGAAAAGAGAAAGUUUUAGAAGUGACUCGUUUUCAGGCAAUGACAAUGUUCCUGAAACUGGGUGCCUCUCAAUUAUUGUUCUAGGUGCCUCUGGUGAUCUUGCCAAGAAGAAGACUUUCCCUGCUCUCUUUCAUCUUUAUUGCCAGGGAUUUCUACCACCAGAGGAGGUACACAUUUUUGGCUAUGCAAGGACAAAGAUUUCCGAUGAUGAAUUGAGAAAUCGCAUUCGUGGAUAUCUUGUCAGUGAUAGAAGUUCUUCACCCUCAGAAGAUGUAUCAAAGUUCUUACAGCUGAUUAAAUAUGUAAGCGGUUCAUAUGAUGGUGCUGAGGGCUUUCAACUGUUAGACAAGAACAUUGCAGAGCAUGAAUUCUCAAAGAGUAGCCAAGAAGGAUCAUCUCGGAGACUUUUUUAUCUUGCACUUCCACCCUCAGUAUAUCCAUCUGUUUGCAAGAUGAUCAGGCAAUAUUGCAUGAAUAAAUCUGACCUUGGUGGAUGGACUCGGAUUGUUGUUGAGAAGCCAUUUGGCAAGGAUUUGGAAUCUGCAGAGCAACUGAGUUCCCAGAUUGGAGAGUUGUUUGACGAACCACAAAUUUACCGUAUUGAUCAUUAUCUGGGAAAGGAGUUGGUGCAGAACCUGCUCGUACUCCGUUUUGCUAAUCGCUUCUUCUUGCCCCUUUGGAAUCGUGACAACAUUGAUAAUGUACAGAUUGUAUUCAGAGAGGAUUUUGGAACUGAUGGUCGUGGUGGAUAUUUUGAUGAAUAUGGAAUUAUCCGUGAUAUUAUCCAAAACCACCUGCUGCAGGUUCUUUGUCUUGUUGCUAUGGAGAAGCCCGUCUCUCUCAAACCUGAGCACAUUCGUGAUGAGAAAGUGAAGGUUCUUCAAUCAGUACUUCCAAUUAAAGAUGAUGAGGUUGUACUUGGACAAUAUGAAGGUUAUAGAGAUGAUCCAACAGUUCCUGACCACUCAAACACUCCAACAUUUGCAUCUGUUAUUCUCCGUAUUCAUAAUGAAAGAUGGGAAGGUGUUCCAUUCAUAAUGAAGGCUGGGAAAGCAUUGAAUUCAAGAAAGGCAGAGAUACGUGUUCAAUUUAAGGAUGUUCCUGGUGAUAUAUUCAGAUGUCAAAAGCAAGGGAGAAAUGAAUUUGUCAUUCGCCUGCAACCUUCUGAAGCCAUGUACAUGAAGCUAACGGUGAAGCAGCCUGGUUUGGAGAUGUCAACAGUACAAAGUGAACUAGACUUGUCAUACAGGCAACGUUAUCAAGGUGUUACAAUCCCAGAGGCUUAUGAACGUCUUAUUCUUGACACGAUAAGAGGCGAUCAGCAGCAUUUUGUUCGCAGAGAUGAGUUAAAGGCGGCAUGGGAGAUUUUCACACCUCUUCUACACAGAAUUGACAAUGGUGAAAUGAAGCCAAUUCCCUACAAACCAGGCAGCCGAGGUCCAGCAGAAGCAGAUGAGCUUUCGGCUAAAGCCGGCUAUGUUCAAACACAUGGAUAUAUAUGGAUUCCUCCCACCCUGUAG